AUGACCUCCCGCAAGCGAAAAGCCGAUGAGGAUGGUGAUGAGACCAUGUCGCCGCAGAGUUCUCCUGCCAUUUCCGCCAGAGCCCUCUCCCGACCAUCCAAGAAAGUCCGGUCGAACGAACUCAUCGGCCGGCCCCUCUCCCUCUCCCGACUCCUCGAGACCCUCGAUACUUCCCAACUCCGAACUGUCCUGGAGCGGAUAUGUGAACGCCAUCACGACAUCGGCCAGGAAGUUGUUUCCCAGGCUCCUCGUCCGUCUGUUUCGUCUGCUCUUGGGGUCUUGCAGGACUAUUUGGAAAAACUCAAGGACGCCGCUCCCUACGGCGAUUCGAGUGCGGAAUACACCUAUUAUCGAGUCAAGGAUGCCCUGGUUGCUUUGAUCGACGCCCUCUUCGACUUCACUCCUCAGUUCCUUCCUCCCAACGAGACCCAACCCACCAAGUCGCUCCAGUUCCUCGACGGCGCUACGAAUCUCAUUCACAAACUCCCCGACUGGGAACCACAUGCCUACCGCCAUCACAAGGAAAAUGCUUACGAGGAGAUCUCCAAGGCCUGGGCCUUGGUUAUCAACGAGGCUGCUAAGCGAGGUGGAGGUUUUAACCUUCACUCUGGAGGAUGGGACCAAACUCUCUCCCAACACAACCAGCAAUCCGGUGGACGUAUGGCAAGUGCAAUCAGUGCGAUGGGUAGCAGCGUUGGCUGGAUGGGACCCAACGGAAAUGGAUCAGUCCCCAACUCGUCAGAUCCCAACUCCAUCUUGAAUCAACUCAUGUCUGGCCAACAACACACGACAGUGGCCAACCCAUUCGAGGAGGCGAAGCCUCGGGUAUCAGAAUGGACGGCCAAAGAGAUUGCCACAAUAUCAGCCAGGCUCGACAAACAACUCGGUCCCGAGUACAUCUCAGCCCGUGCCGGUCCGGGCGGCACCAAAGUGCACUACCUCACCGCCGAGAAGUGCAUCACACUUGCAAACGAAGUCUUUGGCUUUAACGGAUGGUCAUCCUCGAUUCAAAAUAUCCAAGUCGAUUUCGCCGACGAAAACCCACAAACACAGCGUGUCAGUAUCGGCCUGUCAGUCAUCGUUCGCAUCACCCUCCGUGAUGGAACCUUUCACGAAGAUAUCGGGUACGGGUCGAUCGAGAAUGCUAAGGGGAAAGCAAUGGCAUUUGAGAAGGCCAAGAAGGAGGGUACCACCGACGGUAUGAAACGAGCGUUGAGGAGCUUCGGUAAUGUGCUUGGCAACUGCAUAUACGACAAGGAUUACGUCAAGCAAGUCACCAAAAUCAAGGCCGAACCAGUCAAGAGGUUUGACCAGGACAACCUCCAUCGCCACUCUGACUUUGUCAAACGGGACGUGGUUCGGGUGGAACCAACCAUAGCCGUGACUAAGGUAGUGCCGGUGAUUAAGGCGGAGCCGGCUACCGCAGUUGCUGAUUCGUUUGAGGACUUUCUCGGAGAGCUCGACGAGGCCGACUUCUGCGUGCCAGAAGACGACCACCCUGACGAAAUAAUGUUGUCCACGUCUAUCAUUGGGCAAGCUCCGAGUGAGAAACCAGCCAACAACGCCAAUCGCCCACCAAUGCAGCAACCUGCCAAUCAACCCAACAGAUCAUUUUCUGGGGGAGCCAUGAAUCGCCCACCCCAAACACCAAACCAAGCCCAACCACCACGCCCUGGGCCUUUGAACGCCAGCCACCAGGGUCAACCGAAUCGACCUCAGCCUGCUCCUGUGGCCCGAACAACAACACCGAACCAAAUGGGAGGCCCUCGCCCGCCGCCACCUGGUCCUCAGACCGGAAAUUCCACAGAGCCUGUUGGCUUCUUCUCCGCCAGGGCGGUCAAUCAGCUGCCAGAGUCCAGUAUCCAAGGCUCGACUAAUGGUCGUCUUUCAAUACCUCAGGCACAGCAGGCCUUCAAUCCCAAGGCAGAGAGCCCAUCCAUCCGAAAGACCCCGGGUAUCGAUCACUCAUCCUCCAAACCUCUCUCAAGGACCGGCCAGCACGUACCGCCAACAAGCAGCCAGGCAUCUGCCGAGCCGGCGCAGAGGAAUGCCGGCGGCUUCACACCUGUUCGCCCAUCUUUUCCUAGCUCCCAGAGUGCUCGAGGAAACUUGAGCAAUCCCUCGUUAGACCACACCCGUCGGAUAGGCGCGCCAGGCGGGCCGGGUAGCCCACUUGCGAACAGGGGAUCGUAUAAACCACCAACCAUGAAGCGGCCACCUCCUGGAGACGCCAACGGGGGAAGGCCUCCCCUAGCUGAUCUCCCAGCGAACGGAAGCGGCACGACUACUGGCGUAUCAACAGCCAAUGGCUUAGAAGCGAAGAGACAGAGGAUGGCGUAA